AUGACUACAGAAGAGGUCUUCGUCCGAUUGAAGUUCAGUGCGUUUUCCUUUGAACCGCGCACGAAAUGUCAACGAUGGGCAGCUCUCUGUGCGCCGCGGCACUUUUAGCUUUUCUGGUCUUUUCUUUAAGACUUUUUGUGAACAGUUGGCACUUCAGAGUUCAUAAAGGAAUUUUUACCAAUGGAACUAUUGAGGAUGGUUUUGUUAUGGAGCGUAACAGAUUAGUUCAUGAACUCAACGAAAGACGCAAGGAAAUUCUUCCUUUCCUCAUCUCUUCUGGGGUAAAGAGGUUAUUGGAUGAAUCGGGACACUUUGGGCAGCACCAAUCAUUUGAAAGUAACCAUUUGGAUAUUAGUUUGGAGAAUGAGAGUGACGUUUCCAGUGGAUCUAUUAGAAUGAAUAAGGAUCAUAUUGGCUGUGAUCAGCUUGUUGAUAUGAAAGCUGUGGAUAUCCUUGGCUCGGGCUAUACCAAAAUAGUACUUAAAGUUGUGCUCUCGGAGGGACAGUCUGUGGCAUUGAAAACUGUGUACGAUCAAGGAACUGACAUGGGGAGAUGUCUCGAGGAUUUUAAAGACCCCUUGGGCUGUCACGAGCUCGUGUCUUUUAAACUGAAAAAAGAAAUCGUUUUAUUGCAGAGACUGCAACAUCCAAACAUCAUAAAGCUCCGAGGCCACUGCGAGGACAGUGUGGGGGCAGGAGGCAUCACAGCCAUCCUGGAGCAGGGCUUCCCACUGCAGAUGAUCCAGCUCCUACAGAGCCCCUGGGAGGAACGAUUUCGGGUUUGUUUGGGCCUGGUGAGGCUCCUCCACUACCUCUCCCACUCCCCUCUGGGCUCCGUGGCUCUGUUGGACUUCCAGCCCCGUCAGUUUGUCAUGGUGUCUGGGGAGCUGAAGCUCACAGACCUGGAUGACGCCAGCGUGACGGAGCCUGCCUGUCAGACGGACCAGGACUGCAUCUUACAGUUUCCCCUCCGCAACUUCAGCCUGCCCUGCUCGGCCCAGGGAGUGUGUGAGGGCCUCAACGAGAUGAGGAAUCUCUACAACGCCUACAGGUAUUUUUUCACCUAUCUGCUGCCUCACCAAGCCCCGCCUGCCCUGAGACAUCUGGUGGAUCACAUCAUGAACUCAACGGGAGAGCUGAAAGGGGAUGUGAAUGACACGCUGGAAGCCUUUGAAGACAUGCUCCAUCUGUACAAAUCCGGCCUGCACCUGGACAACAUGCCUCCGUCAAUAAUCAGAGGACGGCUCCUCGCCUCGUUCCAAAGUGGUUUCAGCCAUUUGGUUACAGAUGGGAACUCGGAGGUGUAUUUGAAAAAGACCAAAGCAUCACCAGGAACUACAGUGUAAGGAGUGGGACAACGGGAGUUGGGGAAUGCAGGGAGGGUGUUUUUGAAGCGAAUGAAGGAAUGUGAUAUAUUUAUAGGGCUUUUGCUCAGUGGCUUGUUUGAUUGGCUGCCAAUCCUGCAUGCUGCCAAUAAUUAUUUAAAGGGAUUUCCCAUCAGAUAUAAUUAUGAAAAAAAUAGUGCCCUCACUGUUCAGUCUCAACCCCCCCCCCCCCCCGUGUGUUGUGUUUGCGAGGCUACAUUGGUCCAGUGGUAGGACUCGAAGCUCCACACUAACUGUUUGAUGCCUGGAUGAGGAAAAAAAAAGAAAAACAAGCUCUUAAACAACUACACUUUGAUGUUAAUGCGCCAUGAAACUUUGUGGCUUGGCGUAGGGCUGCACAUGGUAACAAGCAUAUAAGUGCUUACAUCACAGCAGUCGGCCUAGAUGAUUACAACCAUUCCAGUCCCCAGUAGUUGUCUUUGAUUUUAAUGCCAAAUUAAGUUAAUGCCAUAUGUGAUGUUAAAAUGUAAUUAUCAUUACAUUGUUUGUGUAUAAUAUGUACACCUUGUGGGUGUGAACCUGUUUAACUUUUUCAAUGAAAGGGAUUCUGUUCAAUGACAAUUCAUUCUGUACUUGACAUUCUGUACUUUUAUUAUGGUUGUUUUAUAUUAUAAAUACUUUAAUAUA